AUGACAAUUCUUACAAACCCAUUAUAUCGUCCACUUUUCGAGAUAUUGAGAUCCGCAAGGAAUGGUAUAGUAUACGGUGGUAAGCUAAGGUUCUCGCAUGCUUUGGUGAUAAAUCUUUUAUACAAGUCUGGUCCACUACUACCACGAUUGCGCUCAGUAAUCGAAGCAACAAAAGAUCAUGCCGAAGUGUUGGCUGCUUUUGCAAUCAUUUACAAAUUGGCCGUGAAUGUGUUAAAGAGUGACGCAUUUUUGGGUCCAAAAAACUUGUCCUUGUGCAAGUUUGUUGCGGGAUGUUUUGGUUCGUGGAUCGUGUAUUCGGGUCAUUUCAACUUGUUCCAUGGUGGAAUCACACACCAAAUCACCUUGUACUGUUUUUCCAGAGUGAUGUUGGCAUUGGGCAAGAUUUUGUUAGACAAGUACCUUGCGUGUGCUCAACCAACAUUUAUGAACUAUCAAGGUGAUUCCAUACAGUAUAGGGAUUUGAACAACCAUCAACAAAAAAAGUUGAAGAAUAUGAUCUACAAUAAACUGUGGAAAUAUUUUGCCAUCUUGACCUGGGGUUUGGUGAUGUUCAUCUACGACUACCAACCACAAUACUUACAGAGCUCGUUGCGCCAUUCAAUGACGUAUAUCUACGAUGUGGAGAUGGAUACGUGGAACACAUGGAAAGAGUUUUUGGGAAUAUAA